AUGAGUAUUAAGCCAAAAGUAUUAUGGAUCGGAUCUAGAGCCCAUGCCAAAGCCUCAUGGGAUAAAUUGUCAGAAAUUGCUGAUGUUCAAUUCUGUACUUCAAAAAAUAGAUCUGAAUUUAUCAAUGAUUUAAAGGGGAAAUAUAAAGAUGUUGUUAGUAUUGGUAGAACAGCUGAAUUGGACGUUACAGGAAGAUUUGAUGAAGAAUUGGUUUCCCAUUUCCCAUCAUCAGUUAAAACUGUCAGUCAUUGUGGUGCUGGAUAUGAUCAAGUUGAUGUUGAACCAUUAUUAAAGAGAAAUAUUCAAUUAUCUAAUAUUACUACUCCCGUAGAAGCCCCAACUGCUGAUACUGCAAUUUUCCUUCUCUUAUCAGCAUUAAGAAAUUUCCAAGAAAGUCAUGAUUUAUUAAUGAAAGGUGAAUGGGAAAGAACUGGUGUUAAAUCAGCUGGUGCUAAAUAUGGUCACUUACCAAGUUACAAAACUGUAGGUAUCUUGGGUAUGGGAGGAAUUGGUAGAUGUAUCCGUGAUAGAUUGAAACCUUUCGGAUUUAAAGAUCUUUAUUAUCACAAUAGAUCCAAAUUAUCACCGGAAUUAGAAGGUGAUUGUAAAUAUUUAAGUUAUGAUGAUUUAUUGAGUAAAUCUGAUAUUAUAAUUGUUUCUGUUCCAUUGAACAAAAAGACUCACCAUUUGAUUAAUAAGGAAGCUAUGGAUAAAAUGAAAGAUGAUGUUAUCAUCAUUAACACCGCUAGAGGUGCAGUUAUUGAUGAAAAGACCUUAACAGAAUAUUUGAAAUCAGGUAAAGUUGGAUUCUUAGGUACUGAUGUUUUUGAAUUCGAACCAAAAGUUGAUCAAGAAUUAUUAGAUUUACCUAAUUGUGUCAGUUUACCUCAUAUGGGUACUCAUACAGUUGAAUCACAAGUUGAAAUGGAAGAUUUCGUUAUUCAAAAUAUUGAAACUUUCUUAAAAACUGGUAAAGUUAAAACUGUGGUUCCUGAAAUGUAUAAUGUUGAUUUCAAACAUGAAGCAUUAAUUUGA